AGAUGGGUUCACAUUUAUAUGAUUAGUUGGUGGCUAUUUGUUGUCGUUGGAAUACUCAGUUUAACUACUGCAUUCAUAAUCGAGUCAUUUUUACAUCGACGUGAUUUACAACCGGAUAUAUCGGUGAUUCAGAAUCAACCAUUUGAAAUAAUGAGAAAUGAUGUCAGUAAUUUUGAGGAACCUAUUGGACAUUCUUCAAAUCAGGUUUGUUCUUCUCAUCAUCAUAAUACUGGAAGUGAUGAAGAUGAAACAUCGAAAUAUAGAUCAACGCACUUAUUAGUAUCAUCAUUAUCUUUUCUCAGACGACGAUCAACUACUGAGAUGAUUCCCAUAACGUUGGAUGAAAUAUUCCGCUGUAAACUUCAAGAACCAUCAGAAGAGUCCAUUAUUGCUGAAAUAUAUUCCCACCCACAUUUUCGAAAUUUUGUUGCAUUAUGAAUAAUCUGUAUAAUAACGACAACAGAUAUCGUUGUAACAGUAUUGAGAUAUCGAAAUAAAUAGAUCCUGAGAGUUUUGCUAAAUAUUUUUUAGUAUUUUACAUAAUAUUGAAUUUAUCUACUCCUGCUUAUUCUUAUUAUAUUAAUAAAUACAAUCUCUGUGACCAGUAAAAUGAAACUCUAUAUUACAUAAAGUUUAAACAAUUCUCAGGAAUAUUUACCUUUAGUGUGUGAAUAACAAUAAAACACAUUCUAG